AGUUUUGUUUACGCCCUGCUGGCGGGCACUUCUCUUCGUCUGGUUCUCUCUAGUAUUCCACUAAUUUAGUUAAUAUAAUAUAAAAAUAGAAAAGUUUUCCCAAACACACGUUGUGUAUAUAUUUACCGGCACAGCGUGUGUCGGAUUUAGUGGGUAGAUUGUGUCAUUUACGACGGACAGAUAGCCAACGAAAAUGACAUCGAAAUCUGAAGGUGGAAAUAAGCACAUUGAGCCCCAUGAACAGGAGCCCAUGGACGUGCGCAUCGACAUGCCGUGGGGCUACGUGGUGGGCAGGUGGUUCGGCAACCGGCAGGUACGACCCAUCCUGGCGCUGCACGGCUGGCUGGACAACCUGGGCACGUGGGACAAACUGCUGCCCCUGCUGCCAAAGCACCUGGGAGUGCUGUGCAUCGACCUGCCCGGCCACGGGUACUCCUCGAAGCUGCCCGAGGGGAUUGCCUACCACUUCGUGGACUACCUGUGCGUGAUCCUGCGCGUGAUGGAGGAGUACGGCUGGCCGAAGGUGUCCCUGAUGGCCCACUCGAUGAGCGCCAUGCUGUGCUUCAUCUUCGCCUCCCUCUAUCCUCACCGCACCGACCUGCUGGUCAGCAUAGAUAUAGUAAAGACCCGAUAUCGGAAGCCCGCUUCGCAGAUCGACUACCUGCGCACCAACAUCGAGGGCUAUAUGGUGGAGGAUGAGCGAUUCGCGAAUGCCAAGAGGCAGGAGCCUCCGGCCUACACCUACGCCGAGCUGGAACAGGUCCUGCACAAGGGUUCCGACUACUCGGUGGAGCUGGAGAACUGCCACCACAUCCUGGAGCGCAACAUCAGUCGAUCCACCAAGUUUCCGGCCAAGUUCUUCUUCUCUCGCGAUGGCCGCUGCAAAUAUUACACCGAGUUCCAUACGAGUCCGCCCUUUGCCGCCGAAUUGGCCAGGACCAUCAAGAAUGUGCCCUAUUGCGUGAUCAAGGGUUCCGAGUCCAACUUCAUAGACGAGCAGAGCGACGAGGUCAUUGGCAUCCUAAGGGAGAACAAUCCGCACUUCGAACUCCACGAGGUGCAGGGCACCCACCACGUGCACCUCAACAAUGCCGCUGGAGUGGCGGCCAUCAUCAAUCCCUUUAUCCUGCGGCACAGACCUCCGCAACUGGAGAACUGGACUGUCGACGAGGUGGAUGGUGGUGGGGAUGGGGAUGGGAAUGGAGAUCUGCCCGAGGUGGUCAAGGAAUUCAAGUUGGCCGUGGAGGACUCAGAAAACGUCAAGCGGAGGAAGAGAAAAAGCAACCUCUAGCUGCUGCCAGCAUCUCUGAGUCAGCAGCGCGAUGAGAACUGAUACUGAUAGAUACUGAUUUCAUUAUGCCCAUGUGAUGCUUCGUUAAAGCCUUCAAGUUCUAGAAAAAUAGCUUAGUCAAUUAUACGAUAUUAUAAGGGUUUAAGCUUGAUGUUUGUUUGCGCCAAGUACUAUUAUUUGUUUAAUAAAAUAAUUUUUAUAAUUUAAA